AUGCCGUUUGUUUUUCCAGAGAGUUCUAUUAGUAGGGAUUAUUUUACGGACAACAAUGCUUCCGGUGGUGAGGGUGGAGUUCAGUUUGAUUUCGUUAAAUUGGACAAAGGAGCGGUAUUGACUAAAAUAAAAGCAUGGAAAGAUGAUUGGCGCAUUAUAGGCGUUGAGGUUUCUAUGAGCGAUGGAAGCAGCAAAUUGGUCGGCAAGCGUGGGGGCACGUCCGGUGAAUUCACUUUCCGGACUGGGGAACUGAUCACGAAGCUCAACAUCCAAGCCAGUGGCCCGUACUCUUCGGUCUUAGGGCGCCGGCGACUAGGUGCGAUUUUCCUUGAAACCGACAAACAAAGAUCCUGGGGAAUAUUUUCUAGCAAUCUAAGGGAAGACGGUCGUUAUUGGCCGGAAGUAGGCUCCGGUAUCUGCUGUGGAAUAUUUGGCGCAGCAGGUGAAGACGUUGACCGUUUGGGCUUUGCAAUGCUUUGUCCAAUUUCUCGGGCGACUUUGACGAACGUGAACUAUCCAAAGUUAGAUAUGGAGAUUGUUGCAAGUACACCAACAACAGUUGCGCAUCAGGUAUUUAGUAACGGCACAGAUCGUGAGCAAACGUUCGAAUUGAGUGGAUCCAGGAGCGUGACAAUGAAGAGAGAAUGGAGCAUGACCGCCACACUCUCCAUGACCCUAAGCGUUGAAGUAACAGCCGGAAUACCGGCAGUCGCUUCAACCACGCAGGGAUUCAGCUGGACAGUGUCUUCAUCGGCCACGCAUUCUGUAUCCACAUCCCAUACGGAAACCAAGACCUGGAAGUGGCCGCUUGUCUGCCCACCGCAUAAGAGAAUCCUUGGAAAUGCCACAAUGUACGCAGACGACAUUGACACCGAGUACGAGGCCGAGAUGGAGCUUCGGUUGACAAAUGGGAAUACCUAUCGAUACAAAGCAAAUGGCGUUUACAACGGGCUGAAUGCCAGAUCCGGGAACGUCACAAUUGAUGACCUAGGGCCAUAUCAAGGCAAUUAG